AUGGCCUUUUCAAAUCAAACUCCAACAAUUGUUGUAUUGAAAGAAGGUACUGAUACAUCUCAGGGCAAAGGUCAAAUAUUAACUAAUAUUAAUGCUUGUUUAGCUAUUCAGGAUACUUUAGCACCAACAUUGGGACCUUUUGGGUCAGAUAUUUUAAUAGUUGGAUCAAAUGGUAAAACUACCAUAUCAAACGAUGGAGCUACUAUAUUGAAAUUAUUAGAUAUUGUACAUCCAGCAGCUCAGAUGUUAGUUGAUAUAUCUAGAUCACAAGAUGCAGAAGUUGGUGAUGGUACUACAUCAGUUACAAUAUUGGCAGGAGAAUUAUUAAAAGAAGCAAAAGCUUUUAUUGAAGAUGGAUUAUCAUCACAUUUAAUAACAAAAGGCUAUAGAAAAGCAUGUGAAUUAUGUGUUGAAAAAAUCAAUGAUCUAUCUGUUGAUAUAAAAAAAGAAGAUCCUGAAGAAUUUAGAUCAUUAUUAGAAAAUUGUGCAACUACAGCUGUGUCUUCCAAAUUAAUAAGUCAAAAUAGUAAAUUUUUCACAAAAAUGGUUGUCGAUUCAGUUUUAAGCUUAGAUUCGGAUUUAGACGAAAAAUUAAUUGGUAUAAAAAAAGUACCAGGUGGAUCGUUAGAGGAAUCAUUAUUUAUCAAUGGUGUUGCAUUUAAGAAAACUUUUUCAUAUGCCGGAUUUGAACAACAACCGAAAAGCUUCAAAUCACCAAAGAUACUUUGUUUAAAUGUUGAAUUGGAAUUAAAAGCCGAAAAAGAUAAUGCAGAGGUUAGAGUAGGACAAGUUAAAGAUUAUCAAGCUAUAGUUGAUGCUGAAUGGCAAAUCAUAUUUGAUAAAUUGGAACAUAUUUCAAAUUCAGGUGCGAAUAUAGUAUUAUCAAAAUUACCUAUUGGAGAUUUAGCAACACAAUAUUUUGCUGAUAGAAAUAUAUUUUGUGCUGGUAGAGUAAAUUCUGAGGAUAUGGAAAGAGUCAUUAAAGCUGUAGGAGGUCAUACUCAAUCAACUUGUUCAAACAUAAAGUCAAGCGAUUUAGGUAGUUGUGAAACAUUUGAUGAAGUACAAAUUGGUGGUGAGAGAUUUAAUUUAUUCCAAGGUUGCCCUGAAGCAAAAACUUGUACAUUAAUUUUAAGAGGAGGUGCUGAACAAGUAAUAGCUGAAGUUGAAAGGUCAUUACACGAUGCUAUAAUGAUUGUGAAAAGAGCGGUAAGUCAUCAUACUAUUGUUGCUGGUGGUGGAGCUAUUGAAAUGGAACUAUCAAAAUAUUUAAGAGAUUAUUCAAAAACUAUUGCUGGUAAGAUGCAAUUGAUUAUUGGUGCAUUUGCAAAAGCAUUAGAGGUUAUACCAAGACAAUUGUGUGAAAAUGCUGGUUUUGAUGCAAUCGAAUUACUUAAUAAACUUAGAUCAGCUCAUGCAAAAGGUGAAAAGUGGUAUGGUAUCGAUUUUCAAUUAGAGAAUAUCGGCAAUAAUAUGAAAAGUUUCAUAUGGGAACCAUCAUUAGUCAAAACUAAUGCAAUUGAAAGUGCUACUGAAGCUGCAACACUAUUAUUAUCUGUUGAUGAAACUAUAAAAAAUAAUGAACAAGAAGAUGCUCAACCAAUGUCAAGAGGUAGAGGAGCUUAUUAA